AGCACAGUAUUUAAAAAAGAAAAAUGAGAAUGCACUGGACAAGGAUUCAAUAUGGUUAAGAAAAGAAAUGUCAAAAAAACUUCGCUCAGCUUUGGCUACCAACCGAAACAUUUCAAUGUGUAGAAAAUAUAUUUUAUUAUUACCUGACAUUUCUUCUCAUAAAGACCAUGCAAUUGGAGAUGAAGCAGGUCUUAAUCAACCUUUAUCUAAGGAUAUUAUCAAAAAAAUUGAUGAGCUAGUCAGAAAGGGUGUUAAUUCUGUUACAGAAAUGAGAUGUCUUCUGGAUGCUUAUGUGCAUAUGGAAUUUAAUUCACUUAACUUACCACAGAAAGCAAAUAAACGUUUUUUCCCACGAAAUGAGACUAUUGCAAACCAUAUGCAGAAAGCUAGAAAUAAUCUUCGCAGAUCCAUGAUAGAUCAAGAAUGUCUGCGUGAUAAGAUUAAUGAAUGGAAAAUAUAUUGUCCAGAUGCAAAAAUACAUUUUAGACCAAAAGGAAAAAUCUAUUCAGACAAUGAUUUAAAUCUUGAAAAUUCAUUACUGUUUGUUUAUCAAGAUGUAUGGCAACAAAAAUUGCUCUAUAGAUAUGGAAAUGAACUGGCUUUUUUAGACGCAACAUAUCGCACAACGAGAUAUGCCCUUCCGCUAUUUUUUUUAGUUGUCAAAACAAACAUUGAUUACCAAGUUGUUGCAAUUUUUGUUUGUGAAAAUGAAACCACAGAAGCUAUAACAAAAGCACACAAGCUAUAA